GCAUUAAUAGCAGCACCGGCCACGAUGGACCAUUUACACCACGUGCACUUCUUAUUCGACGCAGUUUCGUAUUUUGUUGAGAUCUUCUAAUCUGUAAAAUAUGGAUAAGAUGAUACAUCAUUUUUCAUCAUUAAUAGAAAAUGAUAACCAUAUGUAAAAUAAAUAGGAACCAUUACUCUCCCUCAAUAAACGAGAGCGGCCUAUUCUCCAAUACACAUUUUGCGGACCAAAAACAUCCGCGCUCGUUGGGUACCUGUGUCUGUCCAUCUGUCUCCGAAAACGUCAGCAUGCCUGUCCCUAUUAAAAAAAAAAGAAAGUCCGCAUACCAUAUGUGUAUAUAUGUCUCCUAAAACGUCCGCAUACUUUUUAUCCUGCUUGUUUGAUUUUCUUGUGUGUUUUUUAGUCGCAUGAACUCUGAAAUCUAGAUUCUCAACAAUUGCAUCUCUACGUCUCACUACUACUACCUUUACCUUCUCCUGCUCCUCCGGCUCCUCCUCCUCUUGACUUGCCAUGGAGACGUCGGAGGGAAUUCCUCCUUCGGCGCCCGCUGUAGAUCCGCGGAGCGGCUUCUGCAGCGAAACCAAGAUAUUCCACAGCCUCCGACGACCCGUCCCCCUUCCACCAGAUUCCGUCCCCUUGAAUGCCGCUUCCUUCUCCCUCUCCCUCCUCCCCUCCCCCCUUCCCGACCAACCCGCCUUAAUCGACGCCGCCACCGGAGCCUCCGUCACCUACCCAGACCUCCUCGCUCGCAUCCGGAACCUCGCCUCCGCCCUCCGCUCUCGAGCCGGUCUUUCCAAGGGCCACGUCGCGUUCCUCAUCUCCCCUCCCGGGCUCGACAUCCCCGUCCUCUACCUGGCCCUCCUCUCCAUCGGCGCCAUAGUCUCCCCAGCCAACCCCCUCAGCACUCCUGCCGAGAUUGCCCACCAAAUUCGCUUUUCCAACCCCUCCGUCGCCUUUGCCACCGCUGCCACUGCGCCCAAGCUUCCGCCCCAUAUUCCUAUUCUCCUCCUAGACUCCCCGCGAUUCCGGUCCUUCUUCGACCCCAAUCCGGCACCGCUGCCUCCGUUAGAGAUACUGCAAUCGGACACCGCGGCGAUCCUCUGUUCGUCGGGGACGAUGGGGAAGGUGAAGGGCGUAGCUCUAUCCCACCGCAACCUCGUCGCCCAGAUCGCAUCCAACCACGCCGCGGCGCAAGUGGCGAAGGAGAAAGAUGCGGAGCCGCCGGUGGCUCUCAUCACGGUCCCUCUCUUCCACGUGUUCGGAUACUCCGUGGUACUCCGCGAGGUGACGCUGGGGGAGACGGCCGUGCUGAUGGAGCGAUUCGACUUCAGCGCAAUGCUCGCGGCGGUGGAGCGGUACCAAGUGAACCUCAUGCUGGUGUCGCCGCCUCUGGUUCUGGCGAUGGCCAAGUCGCCCGCUGUGGUAGGCCGAGAUCUCUCCUCCCUGAAGCUUCUGGUAUGCGGUGGUGCCCCGCUUGUUCGGGAGGUAGCGGAGAGCUUUGCCGCCCGCUUCCCAAGCGUCAAGAUGGGCAAGGGGUAUGGUUUGACUGAGUCAUCCGGUGGGAUUGCGGGAACGGACGAUCCCAGGAAUGGUUCUACAGGGCGGAUCUCAGCGAUCACGGAGGCCAGGAUCGUGGACCCCGCCACUGGGGAGUCUCUGGGACCCGGUCAGAGAGGGGAGCUUUGGCUUCGUGGCCCCACAAUCAUGAAAGGUUAUGUUGGUGAUGUUGAGGCAACUGCCUCCACAUUGGACCUUGAAGGUUGGUUAAAGACCGGUGAUCUAUGUUAUUUUGACCAUGAAGGUUUCCUCUACGUUGUAUAUAGGUUAAACGAGUUAAUCAAAUAUAAAGCAUAUCAGGUUCCUCCCACUGAAUUGGAGCAAAUACUUCUUUCUCACCCAAAAAUUGCUGAUGCAGCUGUUGUUCCGUGGGCUGCCAUCAUUGGAACUCUUAAUCUAAUGGCAAGAUAGGCCUCUUGAAGAAGCUAGUUGGGGAAAUUAUGAUUUACUCGUUGCACAAUUUUCAUCAUUUCACAUUGAGGACAAGACUUCUUUCAAAGGAGGGGAUAUUGAUACGAUCUCCAUGCCACAUCAUCAGCCUACACAUUAUCAGCCUAUGCCACAUGAGAAGAAUAUCAUUUAUACAUGAUGGUCUCUUUUUCCUUCGGCUUGGGUUUCUCCUCUUCAAAAAGCUAGAUUUGCUUCCCAACUUGUGAGAUCUGAGGCCCUGAGAUAUAACACCAAUUAGAGCUAGGGCCAGCUUAUCAGCACGGCUCCUCCGAUGCUCAAGUCCGUUACCAAUUGAAUAAGAAGAACUAAAAGAAAAAAGAUGCAGUAGAAAGUUCAAGGAAAGGAGUCACCUUCAUUUAUAGGAAUCAGAGAACCAAACCCCCUUGCACUUACCUCCUUCCACUCUUUAUAUGGCCCUCUGAAGGGAAUCUCCCCAUAGUUCAUUAACUAUUUCCUUGAGGAAUGGUUAGAGGACUAGAUCUGGCAAUCGUUACCUGCUUCUUCAUUCAUCGAUCAUCACGUAUAGUUAACUAGAAACUUCAAAGCCUUUGAUGCUCGACAAAACUUAGUUAUAUUAUUUGACGGAACUUGAUAAUAUUGCUCAGUAGAAUGUAAUAACAUUGCUCAGUGGAACUUGAUAAUAUUACUUGGUGAAACUUAUUUAUAUUGCUCGUCGGAACUUGAUAAUAUUGCUUGGCAAAAUUUAAUUGUAUUGCUCAGGAAAAUUUAAUAAUAUUGCUCGGCAUAAUUUAAUUAUAUUGCUUGGUAGAAUGGAUUGGCAUGGUAACUUUAUUUUACUGUAGCUGAUUAUAGUCAUGUGUACCGUAGCAUACGAGAACGUGAGUGUUCAAGAGAUUAAUAUUAGAACAACGGUUUCGAGAAACACGGUAGUUUUGCAAUUCUAUAGUAAUACUGUAGGCCUGCAGCAUUUGGGAACUCAUUAUU